AGAGGCGGAGUCGGAGCCACCGCAUGGGCCCGCGGCGGCUGCCCUGGGCCCGGCCGGGGCCUGCGCUGGGGCUGCUUCUGCUGGCGCUGGCCGGGGCGGUGCCGGCUGCAGGUGGAAGCUGCAGCCUUCUGGAAGAGGGGAACGCCAUCCAGAAACUGCAUGAAGACUGCUUUUGUUACGUGCAAAACAGAACCAUGCACUUACAGUACAUUUGGUCGACUGUUCAGGUGAAAAUUAACAGCACAAGAACAUUCAGGUUUGUGCCUACCCCAGAAAAAAGCAACUGUCGGAAUUCAGAAACGGUGUUUGAAUUUGCUGCCUGUGCUGUUCAAAUACUCUGGCGACCAGAGACAUCUACAGAAACCUUCCUGAAGAUAAAGCAGUAUGGAGAGGACUUCUGCUUCAGAAUACAGCCCUUCAAGGAAGAACUGUACACUGUGAGCAUGACACGAGAAAUGCUAGAUGGAAAGCUCUUGUUUUUGUUUGCAGCUGGAAUUUUUCUGUUCCAUUUUGCAAACAGUCUGAGCAGGAGCACCAACUUCUUUUACCUGUCUGGAAUAAUACUGGGCGUUCUUGCUCUGCUAGUUUUUGUCCUGCUGGCACUUAAGAGAUUUAUUCCGAGGCGCAGUACCUUCUGGAUACUAUUGAGUGGCUGCUGGAUGUCCUCCCUCUAUCUUAUCUACUGUUUCAAAGAGAAUAUGCAGUGGUUGUGGUCUGAACACAGGAUCUACGUAUUGGGCUAUUUUGUGGCUGUUGGAACUCUCAGCUUUGCCACUUGCUAUCAGCACGGACCGCUCACCAGUGAACUGAGUAUAACCUUGUUCACAUGGACGCUGCAAUUAACGGCCUUUGUUUUCAUUUACUGUGGUGUCACCAUACCUCAAGUUGCAUAUGCAAUAAUAGCAGUCAUGCUCUGCUCCAAAGGCCUGGGUUAUCCCCUCGCUGCUGCCUGGCACAUAGGCAGAAAAAUGAAGAAUGACUUUCAAUCCAAAAAGGUAGUGGUGAGAUGCCUUACUGAAGAAGAAUACCGAGAACAAGGCGAAACAGAAACUGUCAGAGCUCUGGAGGAGCUGCGCUCGUUCUGCAAGAACCCUGACUUCUCAUCAUGGUUGGCAGUAUCCAAACUCCAGUCCCCACAUAGGUUUGCAGGUUUCGUUCUGGGAUCCCCCCACGUCUCACCUGCAGAAACAAAGGCACACGAUGAGGAAUACGGCAUCGGGAGCUCCUUCCUGGAAGAGCAGCUCUUUGAGACAAGGACAGAGUCUGAGCAAGAUGAGACAACCAGCUACAUCCACGAAGGAGACGAUGAGAAUGAAGAUGAAAUACAUGAACCAAUCUCAUUUCCAUAUGCUACUGAGCUGCUCUGAGCUUUGCAAACUACCCUAAAAAAAGGGAGAGAGGGGAAAACAUGUUCAUCCCUCAGAGGAAGGCUGCAGACCCAGAACUCACUCCUGGUGAUUUCUUGUGGAUGCUUGGGGACAAACAAGCAUGUUUCAAAUACUGUUUCCUGCAUCAAUGAUAUUGCACAAUUAGAGCAACAGAAGGAAACCAUGGGGACUGCUCAAGCAAAGAGGAUCUCACACCAUCAGUACUUCAGCUGGGAAGCGUUGCUCAUUUCCAGAGCAGGUACCGACAGCAGCCCAUCCCACCACAACGCCUUCUUUUGCCAAGGAUACUACCUCUAAACAACAGAGCAUCUUGGCCCUGCUCACUGUCAAGUCCUCCGUGUUGAGCACUAGAGGGAGAGGAAGCCAUUAUUAGUGCUCUACUUUCACGAAGUACCCUAAAUAUUAGGGAAUGUAAUCGUUCUUAGUUUGCUGAUACGUCACUUCACUGCUCAUCUGACUUCUCAGUGAUAAAGAUCUACAGAUUUAACAUAGCUGAGUGACAUUUGUUUGCUUUUCUGGCUCAGCUUGUUGUCUGCUAGCUUCAUGUUGAGGACAAAAGGGGAAGCAACUCCUGCCUCAUUUUUCACCAAUCUGCUUUUAAUUGUUCUAUUCCUGGACCCUGCACUGUGCACUCCAUCUUUGACACUUGCAGGUGGUCCUCCAAGUUGAUCCGGUUUGAUCCACCUGCAGAGGUCAUUCUCUUUAGUUCUUCAGACUACCCCCCUGUCCUAAUCUUACUGUUUUCCUUUACUGUCUCCAGACUGCAGAGAACACAAGACCAUUAAUUCUCUCAUCAUCUGCAGAACGGAUCAGCGGUUGUAGGGCUGUCUUCACGAUGUGCCCAGUGAUGCAGCAGGACCUCGCCGGUACACACAGUAACGCAGUUCCCUACUGUCCAUCUUUGGACAAGGGAGAAAGCGUGCUGCCUCUCUAAUAGUACUGCAUUCCAAGAGCUCCUCUGCAUAAAGCAUGACCCAGACUGUUUGAAAGCAUCAUUUAGAUAGUCCUGCCUUGUUUAAGUUGCUUCAAGAUUGCUUCAUUGUAGAAAGAAGUCUUCCAGUGUACGGUAAAGAGACACCUAACACCUUUUGGAGGCAUAUAAGUAUAUACGCAUGUUCUAUAGCACAUGUAAGGGAGAGAAGCCCUGUCAAGCAGGUGCUUCAAACUGUGUUCACUUCAAAGUCCACAAUAUUAAAAAAAAGAAAAAAUUCUGUUCAGAAAGGCCACAAGCAUUAAAAACCACCCACAGGAGAGGUUGCUACUACCUAAUGCAGUUACGUUGGCACCCAUGCUCAGAAGUCAGGAUUGCCCGGGGGGGCACUGUCUCUAGUAAGGACUGAUUUUCUGUAAGAAACAACUUGGUCUCUUUUUAACUGGCCACAUCUUCCAUACAUCUUCCAUCUGAUUUGCGGCCAAGCAGGAGAAUCAGAUUCAUCCUAGCUUACACUGAUACCUUCUUUGGUUUUCCUUCCACUAUCACGGCAGAAAUAAUUCUCUAGUAAGUAUAUUAAAUGUAUACUUAUUGUACCGUACUUAGAAACUACCUUAAGACAGCCAUUUACUUACACGAUAACUAAGUGGAAAAGCCCAAACAAAAAAGGCAGUGACAGUUUUCAGACACUUCCCCUUGUGCUGAAUUGCUGAAGGACAGCACACGAGGUACACCUACUCCAAAGGGGGUGGGUUGGAAGCAAACUUUCUUGUCGUUACAAAAUUCAACGUUUGGGUAAAUACUAUCCAAAGUGGAGCAGGAAACCACUAAGCCCAUCCAAAGCAGAAGUGCAGCAACAUACCACAAAGAUGACUGCUUCAGUGCGUAGCUGAUACUGACCUUCAAAAUCCUCCCAGGUCUGUUCCAACAUGGGGAGCAUUUCACAAACAAAGCCUUCCAAAAUCAGCUGCUGUCCCUGCAGCCCUUUGCCAGCAGUGAGUUUACACAGAUGAACAGAACCACCACCAGCGAGUGUUAUCCAGAGUUGAACUGGAAGAUCUGGGAACAGAACCUUGAUGUUGAUCCACUCUUUAACUAUGACAGAAGCCUUCUGUCCUUAAUGAAGGAUGAGUUACAUUUAUCUCCUGUUUCACCAUGUUAAAAAAAGAAGUUAAAAUGUUGUAUUCUGUAUUCAUGGUGCACCAUGCUCCAUCUACUGUCUUUUACUUUCAACGUUUUUUAAAUAAAAGUGCUUUUCCAAGA